CACUAUAGUUAAGAAAUGCUAGCGGUUCUAAGGCCGUUUGCUUCAUAGGUGGCACCCAGUGCCAGCGCAUGGACGUGUUCGUUUUCCAAACAUGCUUUUUUUAUACAACACACUACUAGCCCUUACCAUCGACGAUCCGCAUUCAAAAAUAACGAUGCCAUGUGAAUUGCAGGGUGUUCGCAAAAAUCGUCACCUCCAUCUUCACAUAUCGCAGCUACCACCAACGUACACUCAGCGCUGACAUAUAUUUAUCAAUAGAAAAGACACCAUGCUCCUUCCUCACUUUCUCCAUUUUGUCCUUGCACUCAGCAGGUCAGAAGGCAUAAUUCUCUGCUUCCAAACCACAGCAUAGGCAAAUACCAUUCUAGCCCGUCUCACCAAGACGUUACUCUAAGCAUCAGACUUAUCGACUAGACCCCUAGUCCCGUCUCAUCGUUCAAUGUCAGCUGGCCCUCCACCAGGCCACCCCUGGCCUGUCAACGUCGGCAACAACCCCAACAUCAAUCGCGACCCCCCACCACCCCCGAUUCACGGCUUUGGGGGUCCCAUCCCCCAGGCCCCUCUUGCACCUGUACCUGCAGCCGCUCCCAGCGCACCAGCGGUGGCGGCAGGACCAGCCCAAGUCGUCGUCGAGCAACAACACCACCAUAACCCCAUCUACGGGCCCCCCUUACCCAUAGGCAUAGGUGCGUUUCCGCCCGUCCUCCCUCAUCCCCUGGGCCUCAUGGAUCCCUUCCUCCUAGGCGGCGGCCCCCUCGCCCCCAUUCGAACCGGCAACUUCCUUCCCAACGCUCAGUACGGCAUAGGUUUCGGUCUGCACGCCACAGGCGUAGCUUUUCCGCCCCCGCCACCCAGCGCCAUGGCAGGCGUGCUGCAACCUUUUGCCGCGCCCGCGCCUCUUUGGAAUCCCACCGCCGCCGGGUUGGCGUUUGGAAACGUUCCUGCUGCAGGCGUCGCAGUAGUAGUACCUCCGCUGAUGAACGUAAUGGGUGCUGGGGGAGCUGCGACACAGCAUCAUCGUCCCGCGCCGCUCUUCCACGAUGGAAAUAACGGGCAUCACGCGCAGCCCGCACAGGCAGAUGUAUCACAGAUUGCCGGUGGGAUUCCUCCGGGAGUCAUGCUCGUUGAGUCCGCCGAGCAUACGAUUUUCAUGCGCAUCACGGGCAACGUUUGUCCGUGGUUGUCGCCUGGUGCGUCGUUUGGGAUUGAGCAGCUGGCGGCGGCUAGUACGACUGGGCUAAAUCGCCUCAUUCAGAUUUGUCAUGAUGGGGUUCCCGAGGAGGAGCUCGAGGGCACGGCUAUUACUGAGUGCAUUGAGCUGGGGAAUGGGCUGUGGGAAAAAGGCCAGACGUUUAGGUAUAAUGAUGCUGUGUCCAAGGUGCUGACGCUGAAGGAUGCCGGCUGGGAUAAUACGAGGAAUAGGGUUGGAGGAAAUUCGCUGCAUCUGUGGGGUCAUAGGGUCUAAUCACGGUAUUACACACGUGCAGGGUAGGGGUGUUUAGCGUGGGUUCUUGUUUAUGUUCGAGGCGAUUGGGGUUUACUGUGGUGUCAUCUCUUUUUGCUUGUACGCGGAUAGUAUCUUUGUGUAUAUUAUGGUUACC